AUGCAUAUAACAGUCAGACUAGCAGCGCUACGCUACGGCUCUCCAGUCCUCAUCAGCUCUCUGUGCACCAGCAGGCUCCACGGCAGCCGCAGACUCUUCACGAUGGCCGAGCACUCCUCUGAAAAAGUGGUAUUCAACAAGCCAAAGGUUGAGCUGCAUGUGCAUCUCGACGGCGCCAUCAGGGUGCAGACUAUCCUCGAUGUUGCCAAGAGACGCGGCAUAUCUCUGCCGGCAACCACCGUGGAGAAGAUGACAGAGGUCAUCAUUGUCCAAAAGCCUGCCACCCUCACCGAGUUCCUGGGGAAGUUUGCCGAGUACAUGCAUGUGAUUGCUGGCGACAGAGAGGCCAUAAAGAGGAUAGCUUAUGAGUUUGUUGAGGACAAAGCAAAGGAAGGAGUGAUUUACGUGGAGGUCAGAUACAGCCCGCAUUUUCUGGCUAACACUAAAGUGGAUCCCAUCCCCUGGAACCAGACAGAAGGCAACCUGAGCCCGGAGGACGUGGUGCAUUUGGUUAACACGGGCCUCAGUGAGGGGGAGAGGGCCUUCAAUAUCAAAGCCAGGUCCAUUCUAUGCUGCAUGCGCCACAUGCCAAGCUGGUCCAUGGAUGUGGUGGAGCUGUGUAAGAAAUACCGCCACGAGGGAGUGGUGGCUAUUGACCUGGCAGGUGAUGAGUCACUCAACUGUGAAGCCUAUCCAGGACACAGGAUGGCCUAUGAGGAAGCAGUGAAUUCUGGGAUCCACCGAACGGUACAUGCAGGAGAGGUGGGCCCAGCAUCUGUGGUGAAGGAGGCUGUAGAAGUGUUGAAAGCUGAACGGAUCGGACACGGUUACCGAACCCUGGAGGACCAAACCCUGUACAAACAACUGCUGGCUCAAAAAAUGCAUUUUGAGGUGUGUCCCAUUUCCAGUAAGCUGACAGGUGCCUGCGACCCAGACUUCACCAAGCACCCCGUCAUCACGUUCAGGAAGGACAAAGCCAACUACUCCCUGAACACAGAUGACCCUUUGAUCUUCAACUCAACCCUGCACCUCGACUACAGCACCGCGCAGAAAUACAUGGGAUUCACCGAGGAGGAAUUCAAAAGACUGAACAUCAGCUCAGCAGAGUCGUGCUUCUUGCCUGCGGAUGAGAAGGAAGAGCUCCUCAACAGACUGCGCGAGGCCUACGGGACAGAGGAUACUGCCUUUUAAAAACAAUCACUGAUCACUGACAAGGAAGUCUAAAGGAGAAAAUGUGACCUAACCCAGGGACAAAUCGCUCUGAACCCUUAAUCUCCCCCACCUGACACAAUGCAAUGUCUUUUUUUUUUCCUCUUUGUAACCAGACAAAGCCUUUAGGAUAAAAUAUCAAAUAUAUUUCUUUUUUUUUUUUUUAAAUCACAGAUAUG